ACAUCACAUGAUCUUUCCUCACUAAACCCUAAUCUCUUUCUGUCUCUCUCUCUCUAUACACUAUUGUUUACAGUCGACGGUCCUCACUACCAAAUCUCUUGGUUGAGGUGAACAUCUCCUAUCUCCUCAACAUCUUCUAAUUACUUGACAAUCUCUCCUCAACGAUGGCAACCAACUACGAUUACGAGGAGGCCCCAGCCAACUACGACGAAACCCACCGCCAAGACCUCGGCUACGACCCACUUCGUCCCGACUCUGUCAAGUCAUUCGUAGCCCUAUACCGUCACAUUCGCGAGAAAAAUGUCUACGUUCACCAGAUGUACGAGAUCUCAUUCCAGACCCUCUCGGACCGUCUCUAAGACACUCCCUGGCCCUCCGUCGACGCCGUCGCUCAUUACGUUGACAACGACCAAGUAUUUUGCCUCCUUUACCGUGAGAUGUGGUUUCGCCACCUCUAUGCUCGCCUUUCUCCCACUCUCAAGCAGAGGAUCGAUUCUUGGGAUAAUUAUUGUAGCCUCUUUCAGGUGGUGUUGCAUAGGGUAGUUAACAUGCAGUUACCAAAUCAAUGGUUAUGGGACAUGGUCGAUGAAUUUGUGUACCAGUUCCAGAGUUUCUGUCAAUACAGAGCCAAAAUGAAGAACAAAAGUGAGCAGGAAAUCGCGCUUCUGAGGCAAUAUGAUCAGGCGUGGAAUGUGUAUGGGGUGCUUAACUACUUGCAAGCCUUCGUGGAGAAGUCGAAUAUUAUUCAGAUAUUAGAGCACGAGAAGGAGGGUCUUGAACAAUUUACUGCUACUGAUGGGUAUGAUUACAGUGGUGGAAGCAAUGUCUUGAAGGUGUUGGGAUACUUCAGUAUGGUGGGUUUGUUACGUGUACAUUGCCUGUUGGGUGAUUACCAAACCGGGCUCAAGUGCUUGCUUCCUAUUGACAUUAGUCAACAAGGUGUUUACACCAGUGUUAUUGGAAGUCACAUUACAACCAUAUAUCAUUAUGGGUUUGCCAAUCUCAUGUUGAGGAGGUAUGUGGAGGCUAUUCGUGAAUUCAAUAAGAUUCUCUUGUACAUUUACAAGACCAAGCAGUAUCAUCAGAAAUCUCCGCAGUAUGAACAGAUACUGAAAAAGAAUGAACAGAUGUAUGCCUUGCUGGCAAUAUGUCUUUCACUUUGCCCCCAAGUGAAGCUUGUUGAGGAGACUGUGAACUCUCAAUUGCGGGAGAAAUAUGGUGAAAAGAUGGCUAGGAUGCAAAGAUAUGACGAUGAAGCUUUUGCCAUCUAUGAUGAGCUCUUCUCAUAUGCAUGCCCCAAGUUUAUUACUCCUUCAGCUCCAAGUUUUGAGGAGCCCCUUGUAAAUUACAACCAGGAUGCCUACAGACUUCAGUUGAAGCUGUUUCUUUAUGAAGUGAAGCAGCAACAGUUGUUAUCAGGUGUCCGGACUUUUCUUAAAGUGUAUUCAACUAUAUCACUUGGGAAGCUUGCAAAUUACAUGGAAGUGGAUGAGCCCACUCUGAGGACUAUCUUGUUGACAUACAAGCACAAAACUCAUGCUGUUGAUUCCGAUGGAAAGAUUACCUCUAAUGCUGAUUUGGACUUCUACAUUGAUGAUGAUAUGAUCCAUGUUGUUGAAUCCAAGCCUGUGAAACGUUAUGGUGAUUACUUCUUGCGACAGAUUGUCAAGCUUGAAGGGGUGAUAAAUGAUAUGGAUCGGAUAAAGCUGGAAUAGGUUGCCAAUUUAUCUCGCUUGGAGUUGACAGAUUUUACUUGACGGUUUUACCUUCACACUUGGAAGAGAUUUAAUUUUAUUUACAUGGGCAUUUUGAUGCCUUAUUUUUGAAUUAGUGGAAUGUGCUUAGCUUCAGAUGUAGUUGUGUACCUGCUGUGUCGAAUUCAAUUUAAGAUAUAAAUAGUUACUUGAUAA